CCUUUCCCCCCCUCUUUUCUCUCACAAUGAGUUUAUCGGUAGCUGAUAUAUUUGAAGAUUAUUUAGAAAGUUUGCAAAACUUGCCAUCUGAAAUCGAUCAAAAUAUGCAUGAGUUAAGACGAAUGGAUGAUGAUCUACAAAAGUUCCGAGAGACAUACACAAGACAUAAACGGUCUUACAUUAAGCAGUCCAAAGCGUUAGAAUCAACCGAUACGCUUGCCAUGGUAUCUGCUCGAUUGCAGUUGGAGAAAGAUUAUAAGACGGCCAUGCAAAAACAGGAUCAGAAAAUUGAAUUAGCCAUGAGAAUGUACGACCUUGUGUCACGACACAUUGAGAGGUUAGAUUCUCAGGUCAUGACAAAGAGUAAUCUAAACAAGUCUGACUGGAUCAGAAAGGGACCUCAGAGAAAGAGACUGGAUGGUGGCAUUCGCAAAAGAAUUCAUCAUUCGUCCCGCCCGAACCCUCUGAUCGGUCAUUCAACAUCAACUGGUACAAGUGGUGAUAUCGAUCCAAAUGAGCCUACCUAUUGUUAUUGUGGUCAAGUUUCUUUUGGUGAUAUGAUCGCCUGUGACGGUGAAAACUGUGAGAGGGAAUGGUUUCAUUAUGCCUGUGUUGGUCUUAUAGAACCGCCCGCGGGCAAAUGGUUUUGUGAAGAAUGCAACAAUUUAAUGCAAUAUAGCAGCAGUAGCGGUGAAGACUCUUCCUCUUGAAAAUAUACCUUUUUUUUUUAUCAUUAAACAACCGAUAAUCCUGUCUGCACCCUUGUGUUCGAUCUUGGGCAAACGUUCACAGUUCCACAUAAUAAAGCUUCGUUACGCCAUGCAGACAUAAAUUGGGAAACUUGGGGGGCAUACGUCAAGUAAAAUCAUUGCAAGUCCACAAUAUGCUAUUUAGUAUAACCUUCGAAAAAGCAGCAUAUACGGUUCGUCAUACGGGCACGGAAUUAUUGAGCACGGACAUAAUCAUGACUACUCCUAUCAUGUUAUGAGAUUGAGGAGCAAAUAAAUAACACUAAUAUAGGUACUGAC